AUGGCCGCGCAUGCUAGUGAGCUUGAAAUUGCAAAGAAAAAUUUAACUGAUGCCAUCGGUGAUAAUGUCAAACAUUACUGGGCAAACUUGAAAUUAUGGUUCAAACAAAAAAUCAGUAAGGAGGAGUUUGAUAUCGAGGCACGUCGUCUCCUGGCCCAGGAUAAUGUUCAUGUACACAAUGAUUUCCUGCUGGCAAUUCUUACUCGUUGCCAGAUCAUUGUCUCCACACCAGAGGGGUCAGGCUCACAAUGGACGAGUAAUUCUGGAUCAAAGCCUAGCAAACCAAAAGGAAAGAGGAAAUUCUCAUCGAGACAGAAAUUUGAUCAUCGUUUCCAGUCCCAGAACCCCCUAAGUGCUGCCCAGCCUUUCAGCCCACGGGAGGUGGGAGGAGAGGAGGAAGAACUGCGUCUCAGUGCCCACACACUGCUGCUGCCCACACGGGGUCAACUGGAAGCACGCAUGAUGGUGACAGCCUUUGAGCUGGGCCUGGAUAAUGUCACAGAGGAAUCCGUUAACACCAUGGUUCAUGCAGUGGAGCAUCACUUGAAAGAUGUCCUGACUGCAGUCAUCACUCGGAGAAAGGCAUACCGAUUACGUGAUAGUCAUUUCCCCUAUGCCUUUGGCAGUUAUGUCACGCUACAACCCUACCUGAAAAACACCCUUGCUGCAUAUCAAAGUGUUACUGAGUGCCCACCUCCAAAUGCUUCUCUUCCUGCUGGCCCUCCACCUCAGGUGUCACCUGAUGAGGCUGAGCAGCAAGCUGUUCACCUCUUGGCUUGCUCUGCAGAUGGUUUUCCUGCACCUCUUCCUCCAAUCAGCAUGCUUGAUCUCCUAGAGGCCUUACAGGUUCACCGUGGCGUGAUGCCAUCACACACCAUGUACGCGCUGAACAUGGAGCGUAUAUUGUCACGGCUUUGGCACCCCAGUCACGAAGAACUAGAGCAAGACCAUGUGCACCAACAGCGCCUUGCAGGGAAGGAGGAUGUGCUUGUCAGCUGAGACAUGCUUGACCAUGGCAACAAUAGCCAGUGAAAGGUUGUGAUAAUAGAUAGCUGAAACAAACCAGAAAACAAUAAAAUGCCAUCUCAAGUAGACAGAUGGAUGAGAAGCAUGUAGCACAAGAGAGAAAAGUGUAGGCCAUUGGUCACAGGACGGGCAGUUACUGUUUGCCACUGGUCAGAUGCUGGUACAUUUUAGCUGUGGCUUGUAUAGCUUUGUUUAUUGUACCUACUGCUGUUACAGAUGACCAGCUAUUGUUUAUUGGUCCGAGUCUACAGCGCAAAUGUGGAUGGCUGGUAAUAUAGUAAACCUAUCUGGCUAAGUUUGUCAUAUGCCAGGUAUUUUAGCCAAGGGACUAAAAUGGCCAGUGUCCUGUGUGUCACUCUCCUUUUGACACAAAAACCAUUCUUGAUGAAGGGUGAGGCAUAGCUACUUGUGUCUUAAGUGUGCCGCAGUAUAUCGGCAUCAGACCUGUGCUGUAUUAUUACCUGGAUGCUGACUGGAUACAGAAUAUUGUCUCCUUUUACUUCAUUAUAACAGAUGUACAGAGCAGCUAGUAUAAGAAGCCCUAAGAUGAUUAAUGAAAACACACCAACUUGUACUGAGUUGCUGAAGUAUAUCGCUGUACAUAUCACCUUAAAGCUGAUCUUCGAGAUUUCAAUGUACAGAAAUCAAAUACAGGUUUUAAACUUUUUCACAGCAGACUUACAGAUCACUCCCUAUGUAUUUAACUAUGUUCAAGGUUUUCACGCAGUAAGUACACCUAAAAAAUUAAGGGAAAAUAGUACCUGGUUACUGGCUGGUUAGGGUAGUAGUUGAAGUGGGUGAGGUUGCUUCAUCAAUCUGGUCCUGAAUGGGUCUAAUAGACACAUUAAUUUUUAUGCCCAAAUGCGCUUGAGCAGCUGUUCUUUAAGGUUGGUCUCGGCAUUCCAAUAAUAAUAAUGGAUUACAUUUAUAUAGUGCAGGUAAACCAGACAACUGUAAAUUAAUUGGUACCUUCAAAUAUGUUUUCUAAUAAUUUUGAA